UUUCGUUUUCCGAAUUGCGAAUGGUUUCUUCGUCGUCUCUCUUCUUCGUCUUCCCUAUUCCCAAUUUCUAAAACCCUAAUACUCUGAUUCGAUUCUUUUCUUCUUUAGUUUUGAUUUAACGGAUAACCUUUGAUUUGAUUUAAUCUGGAAUUUCGGUCCACCGAUUGAUGGGUCGCGGCUCAGUGACCUCGCUUGCUCCCGGGUUCCGCUUCCACCCAACGGACGAAGAACUCGUUCGCUACUACCUGAAGCGGAAGAUCUGCAACAAACCCUUUCGGUUUGACGCUAUCUCCGUAAUCGACAUAUACAAAUCAGAGCCGUGGGAUCUCCCAGACAAGUCGAAGCUAAAAAGUAGGGAUUUGGAGUGGUACUUCUUUAGCGUGCUGGACAAAAAGUAUGGAAAUGGGUCGAAGACGAAUCGGGCAACCGAGAAGGGUUACUGGAAGACAACAGGGAAGGAUCGGGAGAUUCGUAAUGGUCCAAGGGUCGUGGGGAUGAAAAAGACCCUUGUUUAUCACAAGGGUCGAGCUCCUCGUGGGGAGAGGACCAACUGGGUUAUGCACGAGUAUCGUCUUGUUGACGACGAGCUGGGAAAAGCCGGCGUGGCUCAAGAUGCAUAUGUGCUGUGUAGGAUAUUUCAGAAAAGCGGAUCUGGGCCUAAGAAUGGGGAACAGUAUGGAGCUCCAUUUAUUGAGGAGGAGUGGGAGGAUGAUGAGAUGGUGUUUGUGCCAGAUCAAGAUGCUAUGUCUGAUGAGGGAUUGGCUGUCGAUGAUAAUGAUGUUUAUGUCGACAUGGAUGACAUUGAUCAGAAGCCUGGCAAUGAUGAGAUCUUUGAUGCGAUUCCUCUACCAUCGAACUUUUAUCACGGGGAAUCAAGCAAUAAUAUUGAAUCCGGUAACUACUCAGAGUCUGGAAACUACAUCCAACCAGGGAACUAUGUGGACACCUCCUGCUACUUUGCGCAACCAACAGAUUCAUCUGAGGAAGAUCAGAAGCCUAUAAUUCGUACUGGUGAAAUUCAGCCCGUCUUAGUGUUGCCCGACGAACAAAUUGACUGUGAUGUCCAAGAAGAAAACACAGAUAACUUCCAAACCCCCAACAAUAUAUUUUCAGCUGAGACUAGUUACAGUGGCAUUCCCGAUGAUAAUUAUUUGCUUCAAGAGCCGCUCAUGGAUCCUGACAACAAUCUUCCUUUGAAUGAUGGACUUUACCUGGAAACCGAUGACCUCAGCCUUACAAAUCACGAUAGUUUCAACUUUGAAGAUUAUCUUACCUUCUUUGACGGGGACGAUGAGUUUACACCACAAUUGACUUUUAAUGCUUCUCAAUUGGUGGGGACUGAAGGUUCUGUUCCUCAUGUAGAGGGCAUCACCGAAAAGGCUGUUCCAGAGGUAUUGGAGAAAGAAGCGUCGACAAGCAAACACGUGAUGGAAGAAAAGGACAAGAGUGAAGCAUCUUGCUCGAGACAAGAUCCAGAUGCCCUGAAGUUCGAGUCAGAUUCAAAGUACCCAUUCCUCAAGAAAGCCAGUGAAAUGCUGGGAGCUAUUCCGGCUCCUCCGGCGUUUGCUUCAGAGUUCCCGACAAAGGUGGCUGCGAUGCAUCUGCAUUCAGCUGCACAAUCUUCUGGCUCAGUUCAUGUAACAGCAGGUAUGAUCAGAAUAUCGAACAUGACUAUAGCAGCAGGAAGUGGAAUGGACUGGUCAUACGGGAAGAACGGGAGCCUAAACGUUGUCCUCUCUCUCGGGCUGGUGGAACAAACGGAGACGGGCAAGUUGGGAAGAACGCUGUCAAGGGCAAUGUUGAUCUUUGUGUGCUUCUGGGUCCUAAUAUUAUCAGUUAGCUUCAAAGUAGGAACCUUUGUCUCUGCCAGGUGAUAGUGAAAUGAUGACACCCUAUGGAUGCCAUCGCCAUCUCACCCUCAGGGGGGUGUUCUCGUUUUUGUGUUUUUUUUUAAAACAAAUUAUAGGGUUUACUUGCAGUGUGCUUGCUGCAUCCAUCUUUUUCUCUUUCUCUUUUGUUUUUUCAUGGUAACGUAUUGGUAGUCGAACUCUCAUUUCUAGCUCCAAGAAAUAAUGAGAACUUCUGAUGAACCUAGACUAUGUUUCUUGCUCUUCA